GUUAAUUAUGCGAUCGGGUUGCUUUAAUUCGUUGAAACGAUAAGGUCUGCUUUGAAUUUAUAUUUACCUUCGUAAGGUGCAAAGACUACUCAGAACUACAGGGCUUACAGAAUAAGUUCCUCUUUAAAGCGAUUUCUGGUUACGUAACUCACCGUAAACUAUGCGGUUCAUUUUAAGUGACGCAGUCCUCGCUGUGCAGUUUGAAAACCUUGGGCGAUAUCUGGUUCGUUAUCAUUGGUCAGAAGACGGGGAUCUUUAACAAAUUCAAGAAAAAAAAUGAAUUGGAGUAACACCACGAUACCUUCACCUGCGAGCACGAGGGCACAUCCAUGGUUCGUGGUCUUCUGUGUCGAAGCGUUUAUCGUUGUAUGUGGUAAUCUUAUCACUAUUUUGGCAUUUGUCUCAAGCAAAUCCUCGAGAAAAAGUAAAUUCAUGCUGCUUACUAAUCUUUCCGUAGCAGACAUGUUAGUCGGCGCUUUUCCUUUGCCUUUAUAUUUAGCUUACCUAGGAGAAGAAAUGUCCUUUUGGAACAUUCACUGGGGACUGGCUUUGGAUAUAACUUUGUUCGGGCUGGAUGUUCUUCUUGGAUUUGCAUCUCUGACAACUCUUACAGUGAUUUCUCUUGAACGUGUCUACGCCGCUUUGGUUCCAGUUGGUUAUCGCGGUCUCAGUUCGCGAAAUUAUUUGUUUUCCAUCGCGUUGAUUUGGUCUGUUGCUUCGACCACCACAGUCGUUUACCUUGUGAGUAAUUUUGUGCUUAACUCCAUGAAAAUCGCAACCUAUGUAUCCAUGUCUCUGCUGAGCGUGCUCUGUAUUGUGAUAAGUGUCUCGUAUUUGACAAUAUGGCGCCGAAUCAAAUCGAAAAGAAGGUUCAUUCGUCAAAAGUCGAGCGAGUAUGAAAACAAACUAGCUUUGACAUUGUUUAUUGUGACACUCACCUCGCUUGCAGCCUGGCUUCCCUUUGUUAUUGUUAACGUUCUGUUCGUGUUUUCAUCGGUUCAUUUUAGUUUCAAUUUUUUUUAUUUUUCCAAAGUACUUCACUAUGGAAACUCCUUCGUUAAUCCUUUAGUUUACAGCUUAAGGAUGCCAGAGUUUCGCAGCUCGGUAGUUCGAAUUUUCUGCACGAGUUAUAGGCAGAGGAAAGGCGCCGCCAGCUGUCAGCGCAGCGUUACUGAAGAUGUUCAAAGUACCUCUCGAUCACCUCGAUGCAAAACACAAAAGGAUGAAUUGAGUACGCCCACUAAAAGCAAAAAUACCACAGUAACCUGGAGAAAAGGUAAUCCCCAGGAAGUCUCGGUUCUACUUACUGACCUGGGAGACACUGAAAAGUUUUGAUGAUUCAAAUAAACAAACUUCGAAUCAGAUUUAUCUCUGGCUUUUCUUUCAUUCCUUUCAAACUGUCACAGUGGAUUUACACAGAGAAGAACUCGAAGUUUAUCCUUUUUUUCAUUCGAGUGAAAGGCCAGGAGAAGAUUCACAUAAGUAGCUUUACGAAAGUAAUUUUGCUUGGCUGUUGCCCAAUCUUGUACUGCGCUGGAUCUGCCUCACCUCGCCUCGAUCGACCAUGGCCACACUUUGUCAUCGUCUUCUUCCCGCGCUGUAGGUCUUUUGCAUGUGACUUUUUUAUUGGUUCUUCGUGGUGUUGAAUUUUUCUCUGGUUGGCUCUGUUUUUUUUUUGUUUUGUUUUUUUUAUUUUGAUGGCCGAACUGAAAGGGCUCUUCGCGCUUGAUCAUCUUUAUUGUGGAAUCCUCUUUUUCUGCUUUUAAUUUCAGAAGUCAUGAUUUCACAUUUGGGGUAACAGGAAAACGAGGACUCGGGUACACCGUGUUUUUAGGCUUAAUAUAGUCUUUUUCUCUUCAACAAAUAACGUACUCAAUAGAAUACUGGUCCGUAUACCUCAAUGUGUACAAAAAAACUAACUUUUAAUGACUUAAUAAUCAUUUAUAAGUCAAAGUGACACUUGAAAUGUAAUUAAGUUGUUUUAGUAAUCUUGGGGCGUGUAAAAUUUUUAGUCAUCUUGAACCUUAUCAAUAAAGAACGCGUUUGAAAUACUGUAAUGAACUUAUUAGGCAUGCCAUGUGGCGUAAAAACUCUUCGGGUUUAAUUUUUCGCAGAUAUUGCAGAUUGUCCUCCAUAAGUAUAAAUUACUUCCUGCUAAAAUGAAAAUGAUGACGACAAAUAAUAAUGUUAAUGAUAGUGCUGUAUGCCUUUAACACAAUUAAAAAAAACUCCAGGGGAGUAGGCAAGAGUAAGUAAAGCUUAGCCUUAAGGAGCAACAAAGCAGCAAAAAGAUUUUGCUGCUUUGUUACUCCUUAAUGGUUGGUAAGUAUGACCUUUCAAGGCUUAGAGCGUUUUCGAUUGAAUGUCGUAAAACCAAGAUCGACAAAUCAGAAGAAAGGAAAAUACCUUUAAGUUGACUCAAGAGCCAAUGGGAACUCAAGGUAAGAAUAAACAAACUGCCUAAAGCGCGGGAAAACGCGAGCGACCAAGUCGUGAUUGGUUUUAGUUUUGGAUCUGAUUGUUUGAGGGAGUGGUGCAAGUUUUCUGGGCCAAUCACAGUGAAAGUAAAGCAAAAACAUUUCAAUCUUGGAUUACUUUCGACACUCAAUUGAAAAUUACUAUAAUAGAAUCAAAAGAAAGGUGUCCGAGAAGUAUAACGUGUGUUAACUCAACAAGUAAUAAAAGUUAUGAAUAUCGUG